AGCCCAAUUGUUUCCCCACGAAAAUAAAAGUUAGGUUUUCCUCAGAGGUACUUCUUUGCGAUACACCAGGACCAGGUGCAGGCACCAGCAGCAGCAACAGCAAUGGCUCCUAAGAAAGGUGGAAAAGCUCCUGUUGCAGCUUCCAAGAAGAAAACUGAGAAGGUUACGAAUCCGUUGUUCGAGAAGAGACCGAAGCAGUUCGGAAUCGGAGGUGCAUUGCCACCGAAGAGGGACCUGACCAGAUUCGUGAAGUGGCCCAAAACUGUGCAGAUUCAGAGGAAGAAGAGAAUCCUCAAGCAGAGGUUGAAGGUUCCCCCAGCUUUGAACCAGUUUACCAAAACCCUAGACAAAAACCUUGCAACAAGCCUGUUCAAGAUACUUCUGAAGUACAGGCCUGAGGAUAAGGCUGAAAAGAAGGAUAGGCUUGUCAAAAGGGCUCAGGCUGAGGCAGAAAACAAAACUGUCGAAACUAAGAAGCCUAUUGUUGUGAAGUAUGGUCUCAAUCAUGUUACCUACCUUAUUGAGCAGAAUAAAGCUCAACUGGUUGUGAUUGCACAUGAUGUGGACCCAAUUGAAUUGGUCGUCUGGCUUCCAGCAUUGUGCAGGAAGAUGGAAAUUCCGUACUGCAUAGUGAAAGGCAAGGCACGCCUGGGCUCGAUUGUCCAUAAAAAAACUGCAUCUGUUUUGUGCUUGACAAGUGUUAAGAACGAAGACAAGUUGGAGUUCAGCAGAGUCCUCGAAGCUAUCAAGGCAAAUUUCAAUGACAAGUACGAAGAGUACAGAAAGAAGUGGGGUGGUGGGAUCAUGGGUUCCAAAUCCCAAGCCAAAACCAAGGCAAAGGAAAGGGUCCUUGCCAAGGAAGCUGCCCAGAGGAUGAAUUAGGAGCUUUAUCAAUUUUUGUUGCUUUCUAUCUGCCGUUUUUUGUUCUUGUAUGUCACCGAUAGACACAACCCUUUUUUCUGUGAGAUUGAUUAUCUUGAGAACAGCAUCAGUAAAUUAUUCCCAGCUUUUCUCGCAUGAGAACAGCAUUGAGUAAGAGAACACCCUGAAAUGAAGUUGAAAUUGUGGUAAGAA